GAUUAAUCAAAGCAUAGUUUAGCUGUUUAGUUGGAAAAAAUGCAUAGAGACAAGCAAUCAACAAUGAAAUCGCCCAUUUCGCUAGAUGUUUCAAAAAACGAAUUGCAAGACCUGAUAGAGAAAGCAAAGGAUUGGGCCCUUAUGAAUGGGAUGUGUUUGAGAUCGAAAAUAAAUUUCAACAGAGAUGUUUUGCAGUUUGCACCAUUUGUGCUUUUUCCAUCACCGUUCCCACGAGAAGAAUUUCAAAAUGCUUGUGACAUUCAGAUUACUUUGAACAUGCUUAUACACAAAGUAGCUCAUGAUUAUGAUUUUUUAAAGGAGACUUUGGAAGAAACUAUAAAAGUUGAUGACUUUACCAGGAACUUAUUUGACAUCUAUGAAACUAUUCAUAAAGAAGGGGUUGCUCAGAAAAUAUCGCUUGGUAUAUUACGCUCAGAUUUAAUGUUAGAUACCAGUUGUCCUAAGAAAGAUAAUAAGGAACUCAAGCCUCACUGCUGUUGGAAACAGAUUGAGAUAAAUACAAUUGCUUCGGGAUUUGGUUGGCUAGGACCCGUAUCUACUCAGUUACACAAGUUUGUCUUGCAAGAAAUUGGCUAUACAGCUGAAUUGAGCAAUCUUCCUGAAAAUAAUGCACUACAAAUACUAUGUUCAGGCAUGAUAGAAGCGUGGAAUUUAUAUGACAAUCCACAAGCUGUUAUUUUAUUUGUUAUUGAAGACAUUACAUAUAAUAUCUGCGAUCAGCGUUUCCACGAAUUUGAAAUACGAAAACAGAAUCCGAAUGUGAAAGUGAUUCGCAGAAAUUUGACGCAAUUAGCAGACACUGCAAGACUGGGCUCCAAUAUGGAGCUAAUAGUGAAUGAUUAUAUUAUAUCUGUAGUCUACUACAGAUGCGGCUAUGAGCCCAAUCAAUAUCACACUAAAAAAGAAUGGGACGCGAGAUUGCUGAUUGAGAGAUCAUUGGCAAUCAAAUGUCCAAGCAUUCAAUACCACUUGGCUGGUACCAAGAAGGUUCAACAAACUCUUGCAAAGCCUGGCAUAGUCGCACGUUUCUUAAAGGAUGAAAAAACAGUGGGAAAAGUUAAAGAGAUAUUUACUGGUCUGUAUCCGCUGGACUUUGAUGAAUAUGGUAAUAUUGCUGUAGAAAUGGGAAUCUCAGAUCCCCAGCGUUUCGUGUUAAAACCACAGAGAGAAGGCGGUUGCAACAAUUUAUAUGGGACGGAUAUCAAAGACUUUUUAGAAUCUGUAAAAUCUGAACAGGCUCGAGUAGCUUGGAUUCUCAUGGAUCGAGUUAAUCCGCCGGUGCAUAAAAACUACGUCGUGAAACCUGGAACUAACAUGGAUAUAGAUACGAAAGAAUUAGUCUCGGAAUUAGGCAUAUUCGGUGUUAUUAUCGGAGACGAUAAAAAUAUUAUUGUCAAUAAACAGGGUGGUCAUAUGCUAAGAACGAAAUUAGCUAUCGAUAACGAAGGCGGUGUAGCGACCGGUUUAGCCUUGCCUGAUGUUAUACAUGCGGUAGCAAAAUAUGAAGUAGCACAUGAACCACGAGAGAUCUUUUUCUUUCGAGAAGGUAGUAUUGUUAUGUGGAAUAUUUCCGAUCUCGAAUGUGGCAACUUAUUGCAGUUUUUGAGAAAUUACGAGCAGAAUCGUUACAUGAAAGAGCUGAUUCAUACCGAAAGCGAGUUGAUGCAUUAUACUUAUUCCGAUUCCGGGAAAAAAAGCCACUUGAAGGACGGCGAUAUCUUCUUGGCGCAAGAAGCUGGAAACUUGGACAAGUUGGACAAGUAUACAUUCUCUAAUGCCAUGGCGCAAUCUGUCAAAUUAGGCAUAUGGGAGGCAUCGUUGAAUCGUUAUGUCGAUUCAAUCGAAUUCGUCACGGAAGAUCUGAAAGCCGGAAGGAAGCUUCAGAUGACGCAGCAGGAAGUAUUGAGGAAACAGGGCGAACUGUUCGCUCUCAGACAUCGGAUUAAUCUGAGUUCGGAUCUGUUGGAUACACCUGAUUUCUACUGGGAACGAGAUGAUCUGGAAAGUUUAUAUCAACAAAUCUGCGGAUACUUUAGCAUCGCAAAACGUACGAGAGUGAUGAAUGAGAGAUUAAAUCACUGUGUGGAACUAGUGAGCAUUUUAUCAUCGCACUUGAGCGAUCGUCAUCACGUCCGUUUGGAGUGGAUGAUUAUCGUUCUUAUCAUGGUGGAAGUCGCUUUCGAAGUUUUGCAUUACAUUGAUCGGUAUCUUGUAAAAUAGCAAUCUAGCAAUGACAGAUAGUCGACACUUACGUUUUAUACAGAAGCCAAGUAAUGUAGGUGUAUUUAAGCAUUUAUUAUUUCGCUAAUACAUAUUAUGGACAUAUCACAACUUGAAAAUAGUUUACAACUCGCAUUCUACAAUGUCAAUUGAUCGUUCCUAUAUAUUUUACGAAAACAUUAAACUUUCUUCUCUAGCUUGGAU